AUGUUGAGACUUUCUCACAGCCCCUUAUCUCUUCCCGGCCGCAGGUUUCCCGAGAGCCUUUAUCUGAAUGACGUAGAGGGAUGGUUUGUCCUGGGGGGCUCCAAGUACAUCCUGGGGGUGCAGGGAUUUUUCAGCCCCUCCAGCUACUACAGGAGCAGCACCCAGGCCUCAUUGCAGACUGAACCACCAAAGCUCUUGCAACACCUGGAUCUGCCCCAGUGGUUUGCCACGUGCCAAGAGUUUAAGGACGCUGUUUUUGCCCGGCUGCCUCUCUACCAAAUCCAGCGAGCUUGGAAGCUUUGGCAAGCGGUCUCCUCCCCUUAUAACACUGACUCCUGGAGCGCUGAGGCCAUGCCUGUGUGGCUCUUCUGCCCUGUGUACAGCACUAAGUGCAUGACUGGCACUGAAGACAUGUCGUUGUGCGGGACUGGGCAGGGGUGGGGGAAGAAGAAACAUGCCAUCCCGAAUACGAGGCUCUUGCUGUGCAGCAGAGGACAAGCUCUCCUGGGGAGCCACGCUGUUGGCAGUGGGAAGCCCCGUAUUCCCGCCGGCGAGAAGCCGUAUACACCCUUCUGCAGCGGGCAGUUUGGAGAAGAGCUGAUGUCUCCCGUCCCUGCACGUGACCAGUUCGUGAACAUGGAGACCGUGGCCAGCGCACUCUUCCAAAGGUUUGAGAAGCGAGUGGCAGGUCUACAGGAUCUGGCCCAUUUGAACAACUUUUACCCCCAGCUGCUGCAGGCCGGAUGCCUGGGAUACUCCCGAGCCCUCUAUCUCAUCUCCACCCCGCACCGGACUGGCUUGGGACUGCCCUUGGACUCCACCAAGGCCCUGAAAUUUGGCCUUCUCUCCGCCCAGGCGGACGAUCGUCUUUCCGGAAUGCAGCUGGGCCACAAACACCACCUGGGGGUGGAUGGACUUCCUGUGGACCACGACCUCUCUUACGCCUACUACGCCAACGUUGCAGCCCAGACCGUAGCUGACCGGGAGCUGUCCAGGGAGGGGCAGAAACAUGCCAUCCCGAAUACGAGGCUCUUGCUGUGCAGCAGAGGACAAGCUCUCCUGGGGAGCCACGCUGUUGGCAGUGGGAAGCCCCGUAUCCCCGCCGGCGAGAAGCCGUAUACACCCUUCUGCAGCGGGCAGUUUGGAGAAGAGGUGACCAGUUCGUGAACAUGGAGACCGUGGCCGGCGCACUCUUCCAAAGGUUUGAGAAGCGAGUGGCAGGUCUACAGGAUCUGGCCCGUCUGAACAACUUUUACCCCCAGCUGCUGCAAGCCGGAUGCCUGGGAUACU